AGGACCCGCCAUUGUCGGCUGAGACGUGACGCGCGCGGCACCACCAUGUCCGCCAAGAUCCUCAGCAUCGCCUCCAUCUUCAUCAAGCUGCUCAAGCUGGUGCUGAACUUCAUCGCGCUGCUGCUGUACCGGCUGGGCUACGAUGGCAUGUUCCUGGGAGUCGGUGGCACGUGGAACAUCAACGAGAACAAAGACCCCAGCGCCGAGGUGUUCGCCUCCGGCAUCAUGGUGGGCUACCUCGUCUACACGUGCAUCUCGCUCGUCGGCAUGUGCCUCCACCAGCCCAAGACCAUCACGGACGUGAUCAUGAACUUCAUCGGGCUUUUCGUGUGGAUGGCGGUGGGCGCGAUCGCGAUCCACUACUGGAUGGGCUACCAGAGCGAGUACAAGUACAUCCACAUGAGCACCGAGAAGCAGAAGGGGCUGGCGGUGGGCGCGCUCUGCGUGCUCUCGGGCACCGCCUAUCUGCUCGACACCGUCGUCUCCUUCCUCUCCUAUGCCGCCGCCAAGAACAAGUACUGAGCCAGCCUGUCCACUUCCUCACAGGCUCAGCACCAUCACUGCUGGGUUCGCCGCGGGAGUUGUUAAACUCUCGGGUUUCUUCUGCGAGCUCGGGUGUUACAAUAAAGUGAAAUGUCCUGUGAUCAUCGCUCACGCGACUGACUCUCGUUUACCAUCUUGGUUGGCAAGCACAGUUCGUACGGUUUACAAUAAGAACUCAGAGAAUUCAAUCGCUCAUCUCUUCAAGACAGAAGUAACUUAUGCAAGCCAUUUCAUCUUCCACAAAUGAGUAAUUUCAAUUUUUUUUAGCAUUACUGAUACCUGCUUCUUUGUGUCAUUUUUAUGUAGAAAUGUAACUGUUAUGUAGAUAUAGUACGUGUAAAGUAAAA